ACAUACAUAACUAUUAACGUGACGACAUUAAUACUAACAUACAUACAUCGCACAUACGCGUUGAAGUCUUUUAAACAAAAACCAAAUAAAGAUAAAAACUCGAACACAAAAAUAUUAGUUCCUCACAACGAAGCACUCCUUCAAAACUCAUUACAGUUCCUAUAUUCAGAGAGCAAUGAUGAAAAAUGUCGGAGCUGGUUAAAAAAGAAUUACAUUUGCAAAUCCCACAUCAGAUUUUUAGAUGCGGACGUGCAGUAUGCAAGGGUGGCUACGUACUCCUAUCUAUCAUUCAUUAGCAGCACAGCUAGAAUCCAAUACGACAUUUUUUACAAUCCCCGGGCACAAAGAACGGGCGUCCACCCCCACACAAGCAAACAACCCCAUACAAACAAGCGCCGCCGAUGUAUGAGUAAUAAAAACUUGAAAAAAAUCUCACUGACCCGGCACACACGCGCAAUACCGCGAAAAAAAUCACCGACACAAAGAAACUCCACCGAAAACUUGUAUAGGAACUUUUGCACGCACACAUACACAACGCGCGCACACACCGCGACGUACAAGGAAGUCGCGUCGGUGUGCGUGAGUGCAGCGCGUCCGUACAAGGGCUAAACUUAGCUUAGUACGUAUGUGCUGGUGUCUCACAGUUGCAAGAGUCCAAAACUUCGUUUAUUUUCAAUUUUGCGGUAUAUCCUUGCAACAUCGUACUGAAAAGUCUGUCUUAAAGUAAGGGAAUUGAGUCUAAAAUGGAAGGACAUGGGUGGCUGUUAGAACGUUGUUCUAUAGUCCGGGAGCUGCGCACCGCGGGUAGUUUUCGUAUGAAACUUGGUGGCGCGAGAUGCACCAGCCGAGACAGGCAUAGCGAGUCUGUCGCCGUCCCUGUCGCACGCCACCCGCCGCCCGGGGCGCGGGGGGCGUGGGCCGGGAGGAGGGGUGCGGGAGGGUGUCGUGUCGCGUUGAUGAACAUUUUUCUCAUUUUUUUCUUUAUUUUUGCGCGAAUCGUUUUUAAAAAGGGUUUCGUCAUAAUUGCGUCGCCGCUCCUGAUUAUGUUAGCGCGAACGAUAAGCCGAUCUGUUGGCGUGGCAACAAAAGUACUUUUACUAAUUACUGGCCCCCAAACUUUAAGUGGCAUUACAAAAAAACCAGACGUUGCAGUUUUGGUUUUGAUGAAUUGCAUAUAAUUAGGAAUAAAUUAGCAUUAGUUAGACGUUAUAUCCAAGAUACGCUUAUCUAGUAAUUAUGAAAAGAAUAAAUUAAUUAUAAUAAAAAAUAGUCAUUAAACUUGUACAGGUAUCCGUGGCUAGACAAACGAACUUAAUGUGUUAAGACAUCUGUUUCUAAAAAAGGAAAAACAGAUCGGAAUGGAGCAAAAAAAGUUGUAAAAACGUGUAAGAUGCGAUGUUAGAAAAGUAAAAAAAAGCGCACGUAAACAUUGCGUUACGUACGCAUGUCUCGAGUGGAACGUCUCGGCGGGAAACUUAUUUUCCCGCGUUUUCUCGCCCGACGCCAUAUUUGUUUUUGUUAUUGCUAAUGUGAAUCUAAUUGGAAAACACGAUUUUUCUUACUUACACCAACUAAUUAUCUGCUUAUAACAUAAUUAGCAUGAUCAUUUCGGUUUUCGUUAAUCGCGACUUGAUUGUAGAGCUUUUUUUCUGAAAACCUAAGUUUAAUUUUUGUACAAAAAAAAGGUUUAUUAAAAAGUGUAAAAUCGUUGAGAUCAAUGUAAAUAAGAGUGUUAUAGAUAAACAUAAACACAAUCAAAUAAUCGUAUAAUCCGAACUUAUUUGAGCCGCAUCCUCCGCGUAGAAGGGACAAAAAAAGCACGUCGGCCGGCUCAGUCUCGCGGCAACAGCGGCGCGGACCGGCCGCAUCCAAAACGUUUCUAUUAUUUUACAUUACGUGUUUCAUUUCGCGUAGACUUUUGGACAGCGGUAGUAUGCGGCGCGGUAGUGCAAAAAAUUGUGACUUUGGACAUUAAAAAAAAAUGGAACACCGUGACUCUUUCGACAAAACAAAUAAUCAUUUUAUCCGGCAAACAAAUUUUUCAUAACCGCAACUUUACGCAGUUCAAACUAGAUUAUUUUUACUGAUUUCUUCAAGUUUUUCUUUUGCUCUUACAAACACAAAUGCAGUUAAAUAAGUUUUUGUUUACGUAUGUUAUGUUUUGUUUCAAACUGUAACGAAUUAGGGAAACAAACUGUAUCAGCAUCAGACGGAAUAGACGGUAGAAAAGAAGAGAAGAGAAGAUGGCGCUCGCAUCUUCUGUCAGCCUGUAUUACUCCAUAGUGCAGCGAGCUGCUAGGCACUACCUAGAAGAUUACUGUCACACAGACACGACAACACCCUACGUCCUCUACAAAGAUGGCGUGGAGCGCGCUCCCCCGGGCACGCAGUGGGGCGGCGGCGUGCUGGACGGCGGCUACCAGCCGAUGCAACACCAGAGCCCCGGCGGGCCCUCCCCGCAGCCGGAGCCACAGCUCGCGUCGCCGGCGCCCUCACCCUACCCGCCCGCGCCGCCGCCCCCGGACCCCACGUCCGCGGAAGACGCUGCCCAGCAGCUCGCUCAGCAACAGGCACAGCAACAAGCGCAACAACAAGCACAGCAACAGCAGCAACAGCAACAACAACAGACUUCUCCCGAGCACAUGCAAGUGGAGCAACAGCUCCAGAGCCAACCACAGCCGCAGCCUCCUUCCCAGGACCACCUCGACCGGACGCCGUGCUUCGUGCCUCAGCCCGAUCUUCAGCAACAGUACACGCCUUACUUUAAAGAGGCGAGGCCGACGAGCCACAUGCUAGGCACUGGCGGUUUUCCGCUACACUACCUAAAACAAAACGGUGGUGUGCUCUCCCUAGAAGGUCCACUAGACCAGUACUCGGCGCCAGAUCUCCGCCACUUGCCGGACAUAGUGCAGCCCGAGCCACCGAAGCCGCGCAAGCACAACCCAAAUUCAGAGCUGCGCCUUUUCAAAUGCUUGACUUGCGGCAAGGACUUCAAACAGAAGUCGACGUUGCUGCAGCACGAGCGCAUCCACACGGACUCGCGGCCUUACGGGUGUCCGGAGUGCGGCAAGCGGUUCCGGCAGCAGUCGCACCUGACUCAGCACCUGCGCAUCCACGCGAACGAGAAGCCGUACGCGUGCGUGUACUGCCCGCGCUCGUUCCGGCAGCGCGCCAUCCUCAACCAGCACCUGCGCAUCCAUUCCGGUGAGAAGCCAUAUACGUGCGGCGAGUGCGGCAAACAUUUCCGCCAGAAGGCCAUCCUGAACCAGCACGUCCGCACACACCAAGACGUAUCGCCACAUCUUAUCUUCAAGAACGGGACAACGCCGACUCUGUGGCCCCAGGACGUGCCAUUUCCAGCUGAUGAGAACAAGGAGGAGGUGCAGUCGACCUACGGCGACGCUGACGGACAGAACGGCGAGCAGCGCGGCUCCUGCUUCUCUCCCGGCGACACUGCGCAGUACCCCGCUUACUUCAAAGAUACAAAAGGUCUCAACCACUCAGUCUUCAGCUCAGGCCUCUCUCUGCAAUACUUGAAAGGGGGUAAGUUACCGGACGUUCUUGGCGGUCGUGCGAUGCCCCUGUACGUGCGCUGCCCAAUAUGCCAAAAGGAGUUCAAGCAGAAGUCAACACUGCUCCAGCACGGGUGCAUACAUAUAGAGUCUCGCCCAUACCCGUGCCCAGAGUGCGGCAAGCGCUUCCGACAGCAGUCGCAUCUUACGCAGCAUCUGCGCAUCCACACCAAUGAGAAACCAUACGGCUGCGUGUACUGCCCGCGCUUCUUCCGCCAGCGAACGAUCCUCAACCAGCACUUGCGCAUCCACACCGGCGAGAAGCCCUACAAGUGCACCCAGUGCGGCAAGGACUUCAGGCAGAAGGCCAUCUUAGACCAGCACACGCGGACACAUCAAGGCGACCGGCCCUUCUGCUGCCCGAUGCCGAACUGCCGGCGGCGCUUCGCCACGGAGCCGGAGGUGAAGAAGCACAUCGAUAAUCACAUGAACCCGCACGCGGCCAAGGCGCGGCGGGCCGACGCCAACAAGACCCCGCGGCCGCUGCCGCCCGCCGCCGCCGUGGUCAAGCCCGAGCUGUACUUCCCGCAGUGCUACGCGCCGCCCUUCCAGCAGUUCGGCGGCGCGGGCGCGGAGUUCAAGCCGGCCGUGGGCCCGGCGCCGGUGGCCUGCCUGCCGGCGCAGUGACCCGCGCCGCCGCCGCGCUGGCACCCGGCGCCCUCGCACGCGCCCCACGACCUGUACGCCGCCGAGCGCCUCUACAACUGAGCCCGGCGGCCCCACGUAUACGACUCGCGCUGACCGCUGGCGCGGCGGAGCGGCGGCGCGAGCUUCUCUACCAGUACAUUCAGUAGUCGAUGUAUCAUUAACCGGAUCGCUGUAAAACGAGCUUCGAUCUGUAAAUAACGUCCUGUUUAUACUCCAUCGGGAGGUCAGUCGCGUUGUACAGUUUCAGAGUUCAUCACGAGUAGUGUUACCGUCAAAGAAGCGAGUACAGUUAGCGUUUUUGUCCCGUAAUCAUUAAGUUACCACGUAAGAGUUAGAUGUCUCGGUGAUUCUGGAUUCUGCUAACAUUUUUUGCGGACUAUCCGAGCGAAUCUAGCCAGAAGAUUAGAAUUUAAAACACUUCGUUGAAAUCUAAACAUUAAGAAUUGAUCUUUUACCACUUAUCAAUAUUUCGCGAUGAAUGUUUCCGGCGCGACGUUGUGCCUAAUUGUAAUAAAUAUACAUACAUAUUUUGUAGAUGUAUUAAGUUAAUUUUAUUUACGAGUAUUAAGAGAUAAAAUCUGGCAAAGACAUGGGGUUUUAUAAAGGGAUCCAUGAUGCUCAAAAUAUGUUUAAAAAUAACGAUAAAGAAUGAUAAGAAUUUACGAGUUAGCUAUAGACAGAGUUCGGGGCUUCGAGCCGCGCGUCUUGCAGGGAGAACGAACAUCGUCGGUGAAAACAAUCAAGAAUGCAAACCAAAAACGUAGGUUACCUUUUGCCAUCAACGUUAAACUUUGUUAGUUCGUACUUACACCAGGUUUUGUUACAUUUAUUAAAGCGUUUACUCUUAAUAACAAGGUGAGAUUCCGGAGAUGUCUUCGUAACACUAUAGGUGCCAAAUAGUGUAGUGAUUUUUUAAAUUUUUCUACCAGCUUCUAUUAUAGUUGGCCUAGUUUAGGUUGUUACCAGUUUUUUCAACGAUGUGACAAAAAGAGAUGCAUUUAAGUGGAAAGGGUCAGACUGAGAGAGGACUGUGAUAGCUAGAUAGGUUAGGAGUCUAUUUCACUCAUUUAGCGUUAAAUCGUUCGUGCGUAGACGUGGUCGAGGAUCCAGUGGAGUCGAAUGAAUGUUUAACUCUUUACUUUGUAAAGUUUUCGUUUAAUUGCAAUGCGAUUCGAUAUUGUAAAGUUUUAUGUUCCUAAAUUGUAAUGAAGUAAACGUUUGUUUGUUUGUUUGUUUGUUGUCUCGCGCCUCGCCUUCUCUUUCUUGACUGAUUUGAUAACAUUAUACGAGUGAGAUUAGUAAAAUUUACCAAUUAGGUAACGUGUGUGAUUACGCAAAGUGCUUUGAUGUAGUUUGAUCCAAGGGACGGAGGGUACGCCAGAGUAAAUCUUAUUUCUAAUUUAGCUUAGACUUUCGAAUUACCAAGCAAUUCGAUCAUUCAUCGCGAAAUAACUUAGAAUUUAGGAAGAAUAAAAAUAUUAUAUGAAUUUGUGACAUUGUUGGAGUAUUCUGGUAAUGGGCUAUGGGUCUAGUAAUUAUUAUCGUAUCCACACUUUUUUGCGGUUCGAAAUUAAUAGUGUUAAGGUAAAGUAAACUGUAUUCGUGGAUAUGGUUGAUUCAUAGUGUGUGUAAAGCGGGCGUAUGUGAUGUGCCCGCUUCGGUUUCCCUACAAAACAAGCAGUCAGCCACACAGCGAGUCUCCCAGACUAUAAACUACGCGGUCAGUGCCAGGAUAGUCCAGCAACCUUUUUAACGUUUUAAUAUCUCUGUUUGUAUCUAUAGACAACUUAUAUAGCUUAUUUUACUAUAUUAUUGUGAUGGUUUCGUUUUCCUACCGCAUAAUAUGAACUGUUAAUUAAAUAAUAGGUGUAAUAGUAAGGUGGAUUUGUGGGAGUCACAUAACAUAAUACCAUUUUAUUAUUUGUCACUAAGAAGUGAUCGAUGCAAUAUUAUUAUUUAGUUGGGUUGUUGUAUGUUGAUUUAUGACAAAUUUAUCAUAUUGGGCAGUUAUGAAAAUUAUAGGGGGGCUAGUUGUGAGCGUCUGGCGUCAGCUAUCUAACACCGGGAUAUGUUAAAACGAACCAAAUAAUGUCGUAUACGAGAGCAAACAUUAACCUUAAGAUAUGGACUAUCAAGUCAAAGCAACCGCCACUCGGGUGACGGCGUCACGUGACAAACGCUACGUUCACAACUGACCAACCAAAAGGUAACAUUUAUUUUCCAAUUAAUUUUCCUAUCAAACUUUCGGAGGUUUACAAAUGAAAAAAACAUCGUUAUCGAAGAAAAUUAGAAAGAUUUAUCUUCCGUGAAUAAAGUUUUCCACAGUCGUGUGGCCCUCCCGAGGCAGCGCGCGCCGCCCCCGCCCCCGCACCCCACUACCAUAGGAUUCAGUUAUAUUAAAUCAUACACGAAGCAGCCUUAAACAAUAAUAGUUGAUAAGUAUUUUUAUACAAUAUACAUAUAUAUUUUAUGACCGGGCGGGAGGGGCGCGACGUGUCCUAGUACAAAGUUUGAAUACAAACACAACGCAGUGCCAUAGCCGAGAUAUAACCUCAGAUUUAUACUUAUUAGAUUUUUAUACCGAUACAAAUGGAUUUAAUUUUUAAAUAUAAACAAGAAGUGAUUAAGUAUACAGAGAUUACAGAUGAUAUUUUAUACAUUUAUUACAUACAAUAUUAUUAAAAGGUAAAUGUGAAAUAGUCUUAAAGUUAGAGUCGUAUUCGCAACGUGCUAGCUACCCAUUAAGAUUACUUGUUCAUUUAGAGACUUGUGGGAGAUCGAUGGAAACUAACUAUUAUGAAUGUUGCACAACUUUAACAUCUGUCGCGGCGUGCACGUUAGUUUCUCUAGGGGUUUCAUUUCUUACAUUCAGUGUGGUUAUUGUAAAUACAUAUCAUGGGAAAAUUCGAGGCAGUUUUGCAAUACAGAAAAUACUUUGGUUUUUAUUGAAACCGGACUGUAGCAAAGUAAUUGUCAGCCAAAACGUGUAUUCCGUGCGUCCGUUUCAAUCAAUACAAAUGAGGAUUUAGUCAAAAGCGCAAACUACGCGAUUGUAAGCGUCCCAGGCUGUUCUGUUGGUAAUGCUCACUGUUUUGUUAAGUUUUGCUCAAUUACACGUGUAUGUAUACCUAUAAAGUUAAUCUUAUUAGUUUUUAUUGCGUACGAAAUGAUUUUUUUGUAAAAUAUUUUUUUUGGAGAGCACGGUUUUGCUUUCUUAUGAAACUAAUUUUAAGUGCUGAAACGUGUGAUUGUCAACACACUAUCUUGGAAAUAUAUUUGAAAUUGUAAUUGGCAAAUCUCGUAGUUCACAAUCUUAAACUCAUAUUAGCUAAACAGUUUAAUGACGUAUCUAGCGAGCCGUCCAAUUCUGAUCGGAUAUCCAUACAUACAGGCAUACAAUAUUUACAAUUCUUGGAUUAUGUUUCCCGAGGAUUAAGUUAAACCAUUAAAUUAGGUUUCAAGCAUGUUCCUACCUUUACAAUACGUAAUAUUUAUUUAUACACAAUAGCAACAUUCUACAGACUACCCGUAGUUUAGAAUAUAGUAGAAUCUGUAACCAUUUUGCCAAUUCCUGUCGAACGGACUUCUUGAAUGGAAUCAAAUUCCAGCACACAUUUAUACCCCAUAGCGUCAUGAAAUACUUUUUAAGAGGUAACAGGGACUUACCAUCAACUCUUGAAGUAGUAAUAUUGGAGAUGUGGAAAAGAGAUAGCGCUCUACACCAUGUAGCGCGGUGUCAAGCUCCCACAACUGCAAUCAUAUUACUCCAAGGUUCAUUGGUAGACCCGCAGUAGUGCAGUAUAAAACAUAACUAACAAACAAUCUCCUUCUUCGUAUAUAACACAGUAUAACAUUAAUUUUGCGUAUUUUUAAGUUGUUAAAACAUAUUAAAAGGAGAGAAAAAGAUUGCAUUGUAAAACUAUACUUUGCAUGUAAACUUAAUUAUCAAAAUAACGUCAAUUGUAUUAAAUACAAUUAGCAAUGUGAGUGAAACUAAGACAUUGCGAAGCUUGGUAACACUAGUUUAGUGUAUAGAUAAAUUUCUAAUAGAUCCCGCAUAGUAGGUGAUACGAGCACUAAACAUAUGUGCAUUUGCACUGAUAAAAAUGGCCAUGUACAAGACAGGCAUUACAUCUAAUUACAUCUAAACCAACCAAACAAAUAGGGAUGAUGACAGCGUAUAAAAUAAUAAAGAAACGAUUUAGUCCCUCAGACAAUUUAAAAAAUGUUAGACACGUAUUUUAACAUCUUUCUGAACAGUAAAAGUUGACCAAGAUAAAAGAGGGGGGCUUGUGACGUAACGAUUUCGUAAAAUUUAUACACAAUCGUGACGUCACGUAUAAGUUCAAUUCACUGUUAUUUGAUGAAUUUAUAUUUGCGGGACAAAAUAAAAAAUGCGUUUAUAUUAUUAUGCAACUAUAAUACGGACACUGAACAAAGUUGUCAUCAUCCCCCAUUACUGACUUUCAAACCUUGGUGAAGGCUGAAGUGGAAAAUAAUGUGCCACAUGCGGUAUCUAUUACAGGUAUAUCUAUAAUUUCGUACAGUCGUACUAAAACCGAAACAUUUUCAAUAAUUCCUUCGUUUCUUAUUGCAUUUAAUUGUGAUCUCAUGAUGAAAUUGUAAUGUCUACUUAUAGGAUAAAAAUUGGCGUAUGUUUGAGUCGAAAACCAUUCUGUUUAGUAUUUUACACAUAUCCCAUGCUUAAUAUGUUUAAACUUACAAACGAAGCAAUAUAUUGUAAGUUAUUGUAUAAUCAACACUACCGUUACGUUGAUGUCACGCCAAGUUCCCAUUUAUUAUAUAGAAAUACAUUAUAAGAUACCUUAUUGUUUUGGUUGCCGUCGAUACAGCAAUCGCUAUUAUAAUUAUCGUGAGUUUUGUGCAUGAUAAGUGAGCUUAGUGUAACAGAUUUAAUUUCAUAGAGUUGGCUACGAAUUAUUUCAACGUCUUCCAUUUAUCAAUGUAGAACAUAAACGGCGUUUUGUAAUUUGUGUCACGUUUAGUUUAUUGUAAAGCCGGGCGCACACGUCCGACCCACACUCUGAAGCAGGACGGUUCGUGUCGCACGUGUGCGCCCGGCCUAAGUGUUAUUUGCAUUAUGUAUAGUUUAAAAGCAUAAAAGCGUAUAUCUGCAGUUAGUGCAGCACCAGUGCAAUACACUUGAUUUUUUGGCGAUAUUAUUGAAUAAUUUAUUUUAUAAAUGACUUAUUUUAAAAAUAGUUGUUAGUGUUAAUAAAAUAAUUGGUAGCCAACAUAAAAAUGGCCUAUAAUAAUUUGAUAACUUAGUCUACACGUAUGAUUGUACUCACUGCCACUCGCCAACCGCUGUCGGAAGUAUAAGGAUACAAAAGAAUAAUUUUUUAUCACAAUAGAGACUUGUUGAAACAGUUCCACAAUAAAAUAAGUGUUGUUGAAUUUUUUAAUAAAAUAUGGACAUAUUUAGAUUAAUGAUCUUGUAGUCUGGAUUGAGUUUUUUACAGAUUUUAUUGAACGCAAAGUUUUCGUGUGUAUAAUAAUGAUGGAGCUACGUCGCCUAUUCAGCUUAUUUUUGCUACAAUACUUAUUUUAAGCCAUACAAUAACAGUUUUACAUAUAGUACAAUACAUAUACAGAAUAUACAAUUAUAUACAAUAGACAUAUACAAAGGUGCGGUGAUAUUAUACAUAUUUUAUUUAGGAGCGUUAUAGGCGGCGUACCUUGGGGCAUAAAUUGGUUUCAUUAAUGGGUGCUGUUAUAUCAUUAAUUGUACAUAUUUAUUAUAAUAUACAAUAGACUGGUAAUGUUACACUGUUGUUAGGUUUCUACAGAGUUAUCUCCUGCCGCUGCGAGCUACCGGCUCUCGACUGACGUAACUUCUCACGCAGAUCAUUAUUUACUUGACAGUUGACACGUUUAAUAGUAUUAGGAUUCAUUUCAUGUGUGUAUAUCAAUCGCAGGGUGUUUCGUUCUUGUUAACAGUCCAUUACAGUAAAAUAAAUAUAUUGAUAAAUAGUUAUAGUAUUCAAUAAGAUGGCCUAUGUUAACCGAUAGCCCGCAGCGCCAGCCCACAUGUUACAAUAGAGUAUAUUUUCUUACAUACCUACAGAGACACCGAAUAGACUAUAUAACAAAUUCAUUUUAGACAAUCCCAGAAUACAAGAUCGAACUUUUUACACAACAGUUGAGAACAGACUUCAGUUGUUUUCCAUAGCAUUCUUACAUUGUUUUGUUUUGAAGGAAACAGUUGGUUGCGAUAUGGUCACAAAUAUCCGGGCGAAUAAAUUGAAACGUUGGCAUUCGAAAACAAAAGUAAUAUUAUUAAAGUGAAAUUGUAAAUAUAUUUUCUAGUUCUUCCAAAA